GUUGACGAAAAUCACAAACACCCAAACAUAAAUACUAAUGAAAUCGUUUUUUAUGCGUACAUUUAAUGCAUUCUUGAUCUUGUAGUAAUUAAUGUAAGUUAUAAUAAAUGUAAUUUUAAAAACUUUCAAAAUUUUUAUUUUUUGUUCUCAAAUGCAAACCACUUAACACUCCAGCUAAAUUUCUUGGGGGCUUGGCAAAAAAUGACAUAAUAAACUUUUUGGGCACAAUAUAAAGAGGUUGUGAAAGAUAUGCUUUUAUUAACUGCAUAAAGAUCAACUAUUAUCGCUCUCUGAAAAUUAAAGAAGAAAACCUUAUGUUAAUUUUGAAAUGGAUCUGCAAUUCCUGAUGCUUGCUUUACAUAAAGAAUAUGAUUUUUAUUGAUUACUCCAUUUUUAAAAUAUAGAUAUAGAAGUUUUUGAGCAGUUUUAUUUAUAUAUUUAUUGUUAGAGGCACUGCUGUUCUAAAAAUUGACUUUUGAUGUUAGUGAACUGAAUCUGUGUCUGACUCAUUGAAUUCCUGAUUAUGCGCUUCCUUAUCAUGCUGAACACAUUAUCAUUCCUUAUCUACUUGUACUUAAAAAAUUAUUAGUAUCAAGAUAGCAGUUUAGAAAUUUAUGUUGUAAUUAAUAAGUGAAGAUUUUUUGCUAACUAUUAUUUUAAAGCAUAUUACAUUCAUAUUGAUUUUUCAUUGUAAAGUUUAUUGAAUACUGUAUAUUUGGUAUUACUUAGGAACGAAUAUGAAAUUUCUCCUUUUCAGUCUUUAUAUCUUUUGAACUUUUAAAAACAAUUGCUUUAUGUAUCAAGAUAAUUAAGUUCAAGCAAAUUCUGCGUUGAAAGUCUUUAAAAAAAAUUUAAACAAUCAAUGCAGUCUUCAUUGCUUACUUGUCAAUUUUUUAACUUUGACAAUUACAUGUUUGUCCCUUUUUAACUUUGAAAGUAAUCUUUAGAUACCUGGAUUGUUAAACGUAAAUUAUUAGCAUAUAUAAAGACUUAUUUUGAUAUUUUGUCUUCAGUACCUUGUAAAAGAAUAUUUGUGUAAAAUUUGCUUUACGUAUCUACGAUUUUUAUAUUCAAAUAAUAAAAGAAAUGUAUGAAAAAUAAGUAUAUCAGUAGUUGGUAGUCAGCUUUACUUAUUGUUGUGCACUUUUCUCUUUUAAACGUAAUUUUAAUUCCCUACCCACAAAAACUUGUAUUGUUUAAUAUGGGUUUUUCAUCAAAAAAAUAUUUGUCUAAGCAGAAUCUUGUUGCUUCUAAUAAAAAGCAUUUUUUUCUUGUUGCAUCUGUAAUAAGUGUUUUAUGCAAAAAUAUUAUUUAAAUGUAUUUAAACUUAUUUAUUUGGGUGAAAAGCCUUUUCUGCAUAGCAUACGUAAAAUGAGUUUUACUCAAAAAAGUCUUUUAUAUCAACACAACCUUGUUCAUUCUAAUGAAAAGCCUUAUUCUUGUAGUACAUGUAAUAAGUGUUUUACUAAAAAAAGAUAUUUAAAAGCGCAUAACCGUAUUCAUACUGGGGAAAAGCACAACCUUGUUCAAUCUAAUGAAAAGCCUUAUUCUUGUAGUACGUGUCAUAAGUGCUUUACUAAAAAAAGAUAUUUAAAAGCGCAUAACCGUAUUCAUAAUGGGGAAAAGCCGUAUUCUUGUGAUGCAUGUAAUAUGUGUUUCACUCGAAAAUGUAAUUUAAAUAGACACAAACUUAUUCAUUCUGGUGAAAGACCCUAUGUAUGUAUUAUAUGUGACAUGACUUUUGCUCAUAAAAGUAAUUUAAAUCUGCACUCGCUUAUUCAUUCUGGUGAAAAGCCUUAUUCUUGUAGUAUAUGUAAUGUGUGUUAUGCUCAAAAAGGUGAUUUAAAAACCCAUUAUCGUAUUCAUUCUGGUGAAAAGCCUUAUUCUUGUACUAUAUGUAAUAUGCGUUUUUCUCGAAAAAGUUAUUUAAAUGCACACAAUCGUAUUCAUACUGGUGAAAAGCCUUAUUCUUGUAUUAUAUGCAAUAUGUGUUUUACUCAAAAACAUCACUUAAAUAGACAUAGUGUUGUUCAUACUAGUGAAAAGCCUUAUACUUGUAGUGCAUGUGAUAUGCGUUUUUCUCAAAAAAGUUAUUUAAUUGCACAUAAUUUUCUUCAUACUGGUGAAAAGCCUUAUUCUUGUAAUAUUUGUAACGUGCGUUUUGCUCGGAAAUGGGAUUUAAAUCGACACGAAUUUGUUCAUUCUGAUGUAAAACCUUAUGUAUGUAGUGUAUGUAAUAUAGGUUUUACUCAAAAAAAUUGUUUAAAUAAGCACAUCCUUGUUCAUUCUGAAGAGGAGCAAACUUGUAGUACAAUUAAAACUGAAAUAUGUUAAUUGUUAUAUGAUUAACUUGUAAUGAAAGGAGGUGAAUACUAUAAUAUUAGUGAAUUCAAAAUAAUAGAGAAAGCAUUUAAAUUUUAUUUAAAUAUUUUAUGCAUUUAAAUUUAAUGCAUUUAAAUUAUGGAACUAAAAUUAUAAUGAAUCUUUUAUAUUAAAAAUAUAUAAUAAUAAAUAGAAGUUGUAACUUUAGUGCUGAUUCCCAAGACACAAAAGGGAAAAAAAGAUAUCAGAGAGAAUAAGGUACUAAACUAAUGUAUAAAAUAAUUUUUAUUGUUUUUAAAAUCUCUUUCACUUUUUUUAUCUUAUAUUCUGUGUUCUAUGUACUUGAAGCUUAUGCACUGUUUAUGAAACUUAAUAAAUCUUUAUUUUUUUUC